CUCGUCUCCGGUCUCCUCCUCUACCAUUUUACGAAAUCCCGAAACUGUCCCAUCUCGAGCUAAAACCAGCAGCAAAGCCCUUUUCUCUAAUGUUCUAAAUUUUUAUUAACUUGCAGGCUCAAUAUCUCAGUCUCUCUCUCUCAGCAGCUACACGGGUCUCUCGGAUUCGUCGAUCAGACGGCCUUCCCGCGUCCAUGACUCUGAUGACUCCUCCGCCGCUAGAUCAGCAGCAGCAACAGCAGGAGGACGAUGAGAUGCUGGUCCCGCACUCUGAGUUCCCCGAUGGUCCUCAGCCCAUGGAGGAAGCUCAAGCAGAAACUAACAAUACAGUGGAUGCUCAGUCAGUGGAUGAUCCAUUGUCCGCUAGAUUUACAUGGACAAUUGAGAGCUUUUCAAGGCUUAAUACCAAGAAGCUAUAUUCUGAUAUUUUCCUUGUUGGAGGCUACAAAUGGCGGAUACUCAUUUUCCCAAAAGGGAACAAUGUGGAUCAUCUGUCAAUGUAUCUAGAUGUUGCAGAUUCGGGAACUUUGCCUUAUGGGUGGAGUAGAUAUGCCCAGUUUAGCUUGUCUAUUGUCAAUCAAAUUCAUAGUAAAUAUUCAAUUAGAAAAGAAACACAGCACCAGUUUAAUGCACGGGAGAGCGACUGGGGUUUCACUUCGUUCAUGCCUCUUGGUGAAUUAUACGACCCUAGUAGAGGUUAUAUUGUGAAUGAUACAUGCAUAGUUGAAGCUGAUGUUGCUGUUCGUAGAGUUAUUGAUUACUGGUCACAUGACUCUAAAAAGGAAACUGGUUAUGUUGGACUGAAAAACCAAGGAGCUACUUGUUAUAUGAACUCUCUCCUUCAGACUUUGUACCAUAUUCCUUAUUUUAGAAAGGCUGUGUAUCAUAUGCCAACAACGGAGAAUGAUAAUCCAUCUGGAAGCAUCCCUCUGGCCUUGCAAAGCUUAUUCUACAAACUUCAGUACAAUGAUACUAGUGUAGCGACCAAAGAGCUGACAAAGUCAUUCGGAUGGGAUGCAUAUGAUUCAUUUAUGCAGCAUGACGUCCAAGAACUUAAUAGGGUUCUUUCUGAAAAGCUUGAAGACAAAAUGAAAGGAACUGUUGUGGAGGGUACAAUACAGCAGUUAUUUGAAGGGCACCAGAUGAACUAUAUUGAAUGCAUCAAUGUGGACUAUAAAUCGACGAGAAAAGAAUCAUUUUAUGAUCUUCAACUGGAUGUCAAGGGCUGUCGGGAUAUUUAUGCUUCAUUCGAUAAGUAUGUGGAAGUGGAACGCCUUGAGGGUGAUAAUAAGUAUCAUGCUGAACAAUAUGGUUUACAGGAUGCUAAGAAGGGUGUCCUAUUCAUUGAUUUUCCACCUGUCCUUCAACUUCAGCUAAAACGUUUUGAGUAUGAUUUUAUGCGGGACACCAUGGUAAAGAUAAAUGAUCGCUAUGAGUUCCCCUUGCAACUUGAUCUUGAUAGGGAGAACGGGAAAUAUCUAUCCCCGGAUGCUGACAGGAGCGUUCGCAACCUUUACACUCUUCAUAGUGUUUUGGUGCACAGUGGUGGGGUGCAUGGUGGGCACUACUAUGCUUAUAUCAGGCCAACCCUUUCUGAUCAGUGGUUUAAAUUUGAUGAUGAACGAGUAACAAAAGAAGAUAUGAAGAGGGCUCUAGAGGAGCAGUACGGUGGUGAAGAAGAGUUACCACAGACAAAUCCUGGGUUCAACAAUGCUCCAUUUAAAUUUACAAAAUAUUCAAAUGCCUACAUGCUUGUUUAUAUACGUGAAAUUGACAAGGAGAAGAUAAUUUGUAAUGUGGAUGAGAAAGACAUUGCGGAACAUCUGAGGAUAAGGCUGAAAAAAGAACAGGAAGAAAAGGAACAAAAGAGAAAGGAAAAAGCUGAAGCGCACCUUUAUACUAUCAUAAAGGUUGCACGAAACGAGGACCUGCUUGAACAGAUAGGAAAGAAUAUCUAUUUUGAUCUUGUGGAUCAUGACAAAGUUCAUAGUUUCCGUAUUCAGAAGCAGAUGCCCUUCAACCUCUUUAAGGAAGAGGUUGCCAAAGAGUUUGGUAUACCAGUUCAAUUUCAACGUUUCUGGCUGUGGGCAAAGCGUCAAAACCAUACAUACCGGCCAAAUCGACCACUGACACCUCUUGAGGAAGCACAAUCUGUUGGACAGUUGAGGGAAGUUUCCAAUAAGUCAAAUAAUGCAGAGCUAAAGUUGUUUCUUGAAAUAGAACUUGGGCCGGAUUUGCUGCCUCUUUCUCCUCCGGAAAAGACCAAAGAAGAGAUUCUUCUAUUUUUCAAACUCUAUGAUCCUGUGAAAGAAGAGCUCCGGUACGUUGGGAGGCUGUUUGUGAAGGGUAGUGGUAAGCCUGUUGAAUUAUUCGCAAAACUAAAUGAAAUGGCUGGUUUCAGUCCUGAUGAAAAGAUAGAACUUUUUGAGGAAAUAAAGUUUGAACCUAAUAUCAUGUGUGAACACAUUGAUGAGAAGGCAACCUUUCGUGUUAGUCAGCUUGAAGAUGGGGACAUCAUUUGCUAUCAGAAAUCUCCUCAGGCUGGAAGCAGUGAACAAUUCCGUUAUCCAGAUGUUCCUUCAUUCCUGGAUUAUGUUCGUAACCGUCAGGUUGUCCGUUUUCGUUCUUUGGACAAACCGAAGGAAGAUGAAUUCUGUCUUGAGUUGUCAAAGUUCCACACCUAUGAUGAUGUUGUGGAAAGAGUUGCUCAACAUCUUGGCUUGGAUGAUCCAACUAAAAUUAGGCUCACAUCUCAUAAUUGUUAUUCACAGCAACCUAAACCCCAACCAAUCAAGUUUCGAGGAGUAGAACAUUUGUCUGACAUGCUGGUACACUACAAUCAGACUACGGAUGUACUUUAUUAUGAAGUAUUGGAUAUCCCUCUCCCAGAGCUGCAAGGCCUCAAAACUCUGAAAGUUGCUUUUCAUCAUGCUACCAAGGAUGAAGUUGUGGUUCAUACUAUUAGAUUACCAAAACAGAGUAGUGUAGGAGAUGUGAUUGAUGACCUUAAGACAAAGGUGGAGUUGUCUCACCCUGAUGCUGAACUCAGAUUGCUAGAAGUUUUCUAUCAUAAGAUCUACAAGAUUUUCCCACCAAAUGAAAAGAUUGAGAACAUAAAUGAUCAGUACUGGACAUUACGUGCAGAAGAGAUCCCUGAAGAAGAGAAAAACUUUGGGCCUCAUGAUCGCCUGAUCCAUGUUUAUCAUUUUAUGAAGGACACAGCUCAAAAUCAGGUUCAGAAUUUUGGAGAACCAUUUUUCUUGGUCAUUCGUGAGGAUGAGACAUUAGCGGAAGUGAAAGUGCGUGUACAGAAAAAGUUACAAGUCCCAGAUGAGGAGUAUUCAAAGUGGAAAUUUGCGUUUUUGUCCAUGGGUCGUCCUGAGUACCUCCAGGAUGAUGACAUUGUGGCCAGCCGAUUUCAGAGAAGGGAUGUGUAUGGAGCAUGGGAACAGUACCUUGGUUUGGAACACACUGAUCAUGCUCCUAAAAGGUCACAUACAACAAAUCAGAAUCGUCACACAUUUGAGAAGCCAGUGAAAAUCUACAACUGAAACUACUGCAAUGACUUUGUCAGCUCAUUUCACAGAUUCAACCUCCUAUACAUAUGCAGAAUCUUGUGAUGAGCCCGAGAUGCACAAAGGAAGCUUUGUUACAGUUUGCCAUAGUUAUACCUUACUGGGCAUAAAAUUCUUUAGUAGAGUGACAGGGCAAUUUUUAGCCUAAACUUUUGUAUCCUCGAUGGUUCGGACACUUCUCCCUUUCAGGCACCUGUCGUUGAGGUGUGAGGUAGGAGGCAUCUCAUUUUGAAUCCAUGUAAUUCCGUA